AUGCAGAACAUUCUACUCCUUUGCCUUCUCCCUCUGGCCGCCUUCGCCGCUCCUGGGAGGGUUGAGCAACGUGACCUUCCCUCCCAUACCCCCGUCAACGUCAAAGAUCUCGACAGCGACUUUGAUGUCAAGUGCGUCACGGGCUCCUCCAUCUUGAAGGCCGUAUCUUGGGGAGUGAACCUUCAGCGAGCAGAUCAACAAGUCGGGAGGGACGGUGGCUCCCAGUACCCGCACUACUACGGCAAUGACCAGAGCCAGGCCAACCCACAGCCUGGCCGGUUCAAGUUCCCCAACGCCGACUGCAACAAGUACCCCCAGAACUUGCGCAACGAGUUCCCCAUCACGAAGGAUGGCACGUACGAGGGCGGUGACGAGGGCCUUUAUAGGGCCAUCUAUUUGCACGACAAGAACUCGGACACGGACAUCGAGGGAAAUCCCACUGCGUACUACUGCGGGACAAUCUACCAUUCCGGUGACAACUUUGAGGGCUGUGAUGUCACGAAGAACUAG